AGGUGAACAUUAUAAUUCUGAAGUACGAUCAGACAGAGGCUUUGCGUCGUGUCGCGAUCGUAAUUCAGAAUUAUGAUGUUCACGAGGUAGAUACGUCACGCUACUGUGCGGAACUCCCAGCGCAUGCGUCACCACCCCACUUUUUGCAUAACUUAUUUUACCGCGAACGCUAUACAACUGCGUCCGGAAAUGCCGCAAACACGAGUUGUAUGUUGCAAUGCUCGAAAGGACGUCUAUAAAGUUUUGAGACAUAAAUGUGCAUAGAGAAAACACACGUCAAGAAUCAUUUUGAUAGCUAUUCCUAACCUGAAAAAGAAGGUUAUGGCGAAAUACUUGAUACAAGUAAUAAUUACGGGUACACGGGUCGUCGGAAAAGCAUUCGCUCGAGCAUUGCGACAAGAAAUUGCUGCGAGCCAAGAAGCUGCCCGCAGAGCUGGCGGUGGAAUCAAAGGCGAUCAACAUGUAGCAAGCAAUUCUAGAACUGGUAUUUCUUUGGACGAAUCAUUACGUAUUCUUAAUGUUGAUAAAAUAGAAGAAACAGAUGCUAUUGAGCGUAAUUAUAAGUACCUCAUGGAUGUUAACGACAGAUCUAAGGGUGGUUCCUUUUAUAUUCAAUCAAAAGUAGUACGUGCUAAAGAACGUAUAGAUGAAGAGCUGAGAAACACAACUAUACGACCUGAGAAGAAUUCUACGCAUCAGGAUACAACCAAACAACCUUAAUAAUUGUUCUCGUAGUCUGAAAUUAAAUGGUCGUACCUCUGAAGUCUGUACAUAUAGAAAUAUAAUUAACUAUCUAUAUUUUAAUUAUAAAUAAAUAGCACAGAAUGUGCAAUUGAAUGAAAUUGCUCUGAUUGUAUUUUGUUAACUAUUAAAAUAUUAAAAUAAAAACAGACAUCUUUAUGAGUUUUGACCACCA